AUGGCUACUGCUGAAGUUCAUUUACGGCACUAUAUCUUGCACAAAUUUCAACAAGAAAAAUAUGCUACAGAGGUGUGUCUAAAUUUAAAGAAAAUUUUUGUUGGAAAUGCAGUUUUGGUCAGAGCAUUCAGGAUAUGGUUCAAACAAUUUGAGGUAGAUGAUUUCGACCUUAAUGGUAAGCCAAGCUAUAUGCUUUCAAUCGAUGAUGGUAUUGUCAGGACCAUGAUAGAGCAAGAUCUUUUUUUAACAACUUCGGAGAUUGUAAAAAAAAAGCUUAACUCAUCUCAACAAACCAUUUCGUACCAGAUACGUAAACUAGUAUUGGAUUAUAAAUAUUCUAAAUGGGUGCCUUAUGAGUUAAGUGACAAACUUUUGCAUGAUCGAGUCGUCAUAUGCAUAGCUCUGCAUGUUUGGAACGCAAACGAAUCUUUCUUGGACGGGAUGAUAACUGAUGAUGAGAAAUGGAUUACCUAUGAAAAUAUCGUUAGAGUUGUCAGCCCAAAAAAAUCUAACAUCUUCACCUCUAAACUGAGCUGGAGCUUGAGGAUGCUGAUUGUACAGCCAGGGUCCAAUAAAUUAUGA